AUGGCAUCCGCAUCGAGCAGGAGUUGCUUCGCUGUUUCAAAGAACAUUCCUGUCAUUGAUGGCAUUACUCAAGAACAAGUAGAACAGUUGAUAGCUGCACGCGCACCCAGUGAACAUCAGUUUGUCGAAAUCAUAAGUGAUAGCGAGAGAACUCUUGGUUCUGCAUAUAAUAUAACUGGAUCACCGAAAAAUGCUAUUUAUUUUAGUGUAGGACAUAAGAUUAUACUUCAAACAGCAGGUGACAUUUGUAAAAGGGUAUCAAAGCUUAGUAUUCUGGUGCCGGUUCACGAAGUUGAUCAAAUAAACCGAAAUCUUCUUGCCGCAUUCAAUUAA